CGCGAACUUGCAGCUUGGAGAAGGCUAUCUCACAUGAACAUAGUUUCGUUGUUGGGCACUACGACAGGCUUCGGUCGUUUCGAAGGCAUGGUCUCCCUAUGGAUGAAGAAUGGAUCACUGGAUGUGUACUUGCGUACAAGGAUUGACGUACCUUUAUCAAAACGCCUUCUUUGGGUGGAAGAUAUUGCUGAAGGGCUGGCAUAUCUUCAUAAACAUCCUGUGGUUCAUGGAGACCUCACUCCAUUGAACGUUCUGAUCGACGACGACGAAAGGGCCGUACUGACUGAUUUUGGCCUCUCCGUUAUAUUAGGCGGCUUUAACAAUUUGUCGGUCACAUAUACCGAUGUAAAGAUAGGAGCACUAGCCUGGGCGGCCCCAGAGUUACUCUCCGACUCCACCGAUGGUGUGGAGCAGCAGAAUCCAACCAUCCCAAGCGACGUGUACUCUUUUGCAUGGCUCAUGUAUCUGAUUUUUACCGGAUCCCACUCGUGGAAUAUGACGGGGCGUACAAGUGGAAUGAGCGCUAUACUUCGUGCAAAGAGUGGCCAAAGGCCUUCAAGACCUGACACUAUUGAUACUCGAUAUUGGAGCUUGAUUGAGGAGUGCUGGGAUCAAAAGCCAAGUUCACGUCCAAAGAUCAGUGACGUCUUGCUGCGGUUGCGAAAAAUAGCUCCUGCGCAAAGAUGA